AUGAAAGCUUCAAGGGAAGCCAAAUGUGUGGUCUCGACUCUGCCAAUCGCUGGGAGAUCUCUCGAACUAGAGACAACACAGUCCGUGCCAAACAAUAAAGGACACAACGUCGUCUGGCAGCCCGAUUCCGAACUUUCAAACAUCAAUGUCCCCAGAUACGGAGAACUAGACGGAAAUUCCCAGGAGGAAUUUAGAGAAGCACUCGCAUCAAUCAGCGAUCUAGGAUGUCUUUCAGAGGCAACAUUGGAAAGUGUUGUGAGCCGGCUGGACAAAGAGGAAGGUGAUAUUGUGCUAGAGAUAGCUCAUGCGGCCCGUCGAGCAAGGUUAUCUUCUAAUCUCCGGGAACACACGAUCCUCCCAGAAGAGGAACCACAUGACGAUGAAGGCGUGUACAUGGAAGAAAUCCCGUUCUGUUCACCGCCCAGCAAGUCGGAAGAUGAGACGGAAACCGCACUACAACGCACAACAUACAAAUCUCUCCUCUUCUGCAUCGACAGACACAUCGACUUUGCUGUUGUAUGUACUUAUUGUCAGGCUCUACACACAGGGCACACGACUGAGCUUCAAUGUCCGACAGUAAGACAACUCAGUAGAUCCUCCACGAAGACCAGCACGCCCAGUUGCUCUCAGACCCGAUGGCCACGAGUACCAAAAUAUGACAUAUUCCCUCGUCCGAUGAACUUCUCUAAACUCCAGCUGGCCAUGAAGCUUUACCGCAACCAGGAUUUUUCACAGUUCUCAGCGAUCACAAUCUCCUUUGGAAGACGGAAAAAUAAGAACCAAGGGCCAAAAUUCUUUUGGGGAGGCUAUGGAGUUGAUGCAAGUUUCUCAGUCUCUAAAUCUUCUCCUUCGUUUGGGUCUACCAAAGGGGAAGAAAGGAUCAUGUACCGCACUCAAUUUUCUUGGUUUCUCCUAGAAAAACAUCGAAACGACGCUGAAGUGCUUCGGCUCAUUGAGGAAGAGAUGCGCAAUUUGAAUUCAGGCAAUAGCGCUUUGGCAGUCAGGAGUCUUUGCUCGCAUGUUUCUGGAACAUUUUGGAGUUUUGAGAAUCCAAAACAGUGGACUGGAGUGAGGAGGUGUAAGCUCUGUGCACUGGAAUGGGAAGUUUGCCUUGGGGAAGUCUCUUCACAAAAGCUGGAAGAAAACACGACGGAUGUUACCAGGAAAGAAACGGAGACGAAGAAGAAAAAUAAGGGACUAUUGGUCGUCCUUACUUGCUGGAGAGAUUUCGGAAUGUGCAAAAGCAUCGAUGAUCCAAGAUGGAUGGCACAUUUUGCCACCGAAUAUAGCCAUCACGAGUUGAGCGACACUGAGAUAACAAAGGACAAUUCUUGGGAUAACACGGAUCUCGAAGAGCCAGCCCAGAAUUGGGAACUUGGGGGAAUCAAAAAGGCUUUUGAGGGCAUUGAUGAGUAUCCUGGUCAAGGUGAUGAUGGAGAAGGGGAUUUGAAGUGGCGGCUGGAAGAAAAGCAAGGGAAGGCGCUGAAGCUCCUUGUGGCGGCGUGGAAAGGGGUGACUAGUACUGCGUUGAGUGUGAGGUUUCAAUGA